AUGAAGAUAUUUAUAUUUAAUUCAUCUGGAAUAAAAAUUUUUAACAUUUUAUUUUUGUUAUUAUUAAUUAAUUAUAUUGUUCCUGAAGUAAAUGGAAAGUCAGCAUAUACUGAUAUCAUCGAAGAUGAUUAUUCAUAUUUAGUCCGCUCAAAAAUAAAUAAAGUUGAGAGGCCUAUUGAUAUACUUUUGCACCUUAGUCGGUCGAAAACUCCAAAAUACACAGUAGUACUAUAUAAUGUAUAUUAUACCAUAAAGGUUAUAAAGAAGUUGAGUACAAGUAUGUACGUUCAUUUAGUACGACACUUAGAUCACUAUGAUAGAGAAUUUAGUGAUAAUGUUCAGUUCAUCAUUCCAAACUUUUAUCCCAAUGUUGGAUCUAUCAUUUCAUCUUUGGGUCGUAAAGCACGUGCCUCUUUGAUUUCAGGUACCCUCCCAGAAGAAAAAUAUAUCCAAACAGCUGUAGCAUCUAUAUCAUUCAUUAAUAACGCAAUUAGAAGAGGUGUUAUUCCUUCUCACCAAACUACUGCAUUUUAUGGAAAUUGUGUUGGCGGAUUAAUAGCUUCUGCAACUUCCGUGGCUUUAAAAGAGUCUAUUGCUGCUGUGGUAUUAAAUGGUUCUUCCUUAUUUAUGCCGGACCUUGUAAGACGCAGACUUGCUAGAAAAACUGCACUUAAGUACGUCAAAUAUCUUUUAAUUCACUCCUAUAAUGAUAAUGAUAUUCCUUAUAUUCACGCUGAAAAUACGAAUAAUGCAUUGACUAGCUGGGGAGCGGAUUCUACAAUCUAUAGUGUUGAAAAUAUUAGUCAUUUAAAUACAAUGAUUAAACACAAAUAUACCGGUUUAAGAUUCAUUGCCUCAGUAAUAUUAAAAAGACCGGAAAUUUACAGGCCUCUUGAUACGGAAAAUCAGGAGCUAAUUCAAUUUACUAAAAGAAGAAUGAACCCAGAAGAUAUUGAACCAAUUGUCCCACCUAGGAACUCUACAAUUUCUUCAGAUGAUAACGAUGUAUUUAAAAACAAUACUAUAAAAUUUAGUCAUUCAAAUUUUAUAAUAAAAGAUAAAGGGCAUGCUCUAAUUGUUGUAGAUCAAUCAGCUAAAUAG